AUGGCGAAAGACGGCCCCCUCGACAGCGAAGGGCCGUCGUCCCCACCACCGCCGUUGCCAGAUGGUUGGCUUGCCCAGUGGGAAGGGGUCGAACGCAAGUGGUACUUUGUCCAGAGAGCUACCGGAAAGGCACAAUGGGAGAUCCCCACAGAGCCAGUGAUCCUCACGCCGUCCACGACGCCGACGUCUACGGGAACAGGGCCUUCGCGGGCACCGUCGUCGAGGCCUCAGACAAAUAGCCCUCCUACUGGCAUGGGCGCAAGAGGAUUUGGGGCGGAGGGCGUCUACGGCGGAGCCGACAGGGCUGGAUAUUCCAGCUUCUUUGGCUCCCCCGGGGGCGCUCAUCAGACUGGAUUGUCGCAAAUGGCCAUGGGGAUGCUGGGGCGGAUGCCGAACUAUGGCCCCCAGGACAAAGUUGGUGGACAGCCGGGUCUACCUGGUUAUCUCGCACAACAUCAGAAUCCUCAGCAGAAUCCCUAUGGCUACAUGUCGACGGGGCAAACUGGCCCGUACACUGGGAGUCCGUCGCAGUAUCAAAGUGGCGGUCAUGUACAAUCGGCCGCGGGAAUGUUUCCUCAUCCCCAGUCAGGCAGCCCUGGUCAAUUCGCAGGCAUGCAGGGCGCAUCUAGACUUGGUUUCCAGCAACACUUCGGGGUUGACGCUCAAGGAAGCUUGUCGUCCCCGUUCACACAAGUUCCGACGCAGACGCAGGAUCAAAUGGCAGCUGCAGUAACAUCCUCUGGCGGACCAAGCCCGUUUCAGGCAGGAGCUGCUACCACUCAAGCGCAGGGGGGAAGUCCCUUUGCUUUGCAAUCUCCGGAGCAGCAAGUGACGCAGACACGCUCGCAACCAGGACUUGAAUCCUCUAAUCCCGCCUUGGCUGAAAAUGGGAGUGCAAACGACCUUAGCGGAUAUUCACAGGGGCAGCAGAAUUUAUCUGUCUUGAGUUCACAAGCCCCUUCAAUCAGUCCCAAUCAAGCAUUGUCCUCCGCAGGGUUCUCAGUGUCACAAUAUGCCGCCACCCAAGCUUUGGGGCCAUUCCCGCAAACUACGAUGGCCCCUCCUGGCCUGGGACCGUUUCCGCAGAAUGCGCCUCCUGGUUUUCCAAACGCACCGCAACAGGCUCAGUAUGGACAGAGCGCCUUCGGGCAAUUUGGGCAACUGCCGGGUCAGAACCCGUAUGGCCAAUAUCCACCAGGCCCUUAUGGACUUUCUGACCAGGGAAGCCCGUACAAUGUAGGUCGUCCCGGUGUGACCGGUCCGCCUGUGACCGUGCCUCCUUAUGGUGCUCAAUUCCCAACAGCUGGACCCUUCGGUCUACAAGGCGCACCGGGAGCGUCACAGCUUGACCAGUUCGGUCCCCAAUUUGAUCCUCGACAAUACCCACGCCCUGCAAGCGACCAGAUGGGUCGUGUCCCUGGAUACAACAUGCCGCCUGGAUCUGUGAACCCGCAAGGGUCCUUCCAACAAUAUUCACGCCCGCCAUACACCGCUGCAGGCCAGUGGUCAGGACCAGAUCCAGCGCAGUCGCGCUCCGCCAUUUACGACCCUCAAUUCGUGAGCGGCCCUUGGACAUCCGCAACGGGCUAUCGCCAGCCAUCCCCCUACGGGGCUUUCGGCCCUGGAAGAUAA